AUGUCCACGACCCCGAUUCAACGAGGAGAGCAGGAAAAGCAGCAAGGGCUGGAGGGUGAAUCGCCUCCAGAUACGCCGGUUAAUGGCGAUGAGAAUGAUAAUGGCGAUGGUGCUCCGCUGGAUCGGACUCAGUCGCAGACGAAUCAGUUGGGGACUAAGCAGAUUGCGGUUAUUAUGACGGCGCUUUGUUUGGCAUUGUUUCUGGCGGCUUUGGAUAUGACCAUCGUUUCUACCGCACUCCCCGUUAUGGCUGCGUAUUUCGGCGCCAGCGAAAGUGGCUAUUCAUGGAUGGCUUCAUCCUACCUCCUCGCCAAUGCAUCCUGUAUCCCCCUAUGGGGCAAAGUCAGUGAUAUCUGGGGCAGAAGGCACGUCAUUCUGCUGGCCAAUUUCAUCUUCUUGAUCGCUAGUUUAAUCUGCGCCCUGGCUAAAAAUCUGCCUAUGAUGUUGGCUGGACGUGCGAUUCAAGGUAUCGGUGGUGGUGGAAUCGUUGUCUUGACCAACAUUUCUGUGUCGGAUUUGUUCAGUGUUAGACAACGCCCUAUGUACUACGGUAUCUUCGGUGCUAUCUGGGCUAUUGCCGGUGCCCUCGGACCCAUUAUCGGAGGUGCCUUUACCACCAGUGUCACUUGGAGAUGGUGCUUCUGGCUAAACCUGCCGGUUGGCGGCGUCUCGUUCGUGGCGCUCUUCUUCUUCCUCAAGAUCGAAUCCCCCAAGACGCCAUUCAUGGCCGGUAUCCGCAGCAUCGACUGGGUAGGCGUGCUCCUCAUCAUCGGCGGAACGCUGAUGUUCCUCUUCGGCCUCGAAUUCGGCGGCAUCGACUACCCCUGGGCCUCGCCCACAGUAAUCUGCCUAAUCAUCUUCGGCGUGGUAACCUGGGUCGUCGCCAUGAUGAACGAAUGGAAACUCGCCAAAUACCCCAUCAUCCCCCUCCGCCUCUUCAAUAACUGGCACAACGUCUGCAUCUUCGCCGUCAACUUCUGCCACGCCUUCUCCUUCAUCGCAGGAAACUACUAUCUCCCGCUCUACUUCCAGACCGUCCUCCAAGCCUCUCCGAUCCUAUCGGGCGUCUACGUUCUCCCCCUCUGCCUCUCUCUCUCAUUCACCUCCAUCGCCACAGGCGCAAUCAUUAAAAUAACAGGCCGCUACCGCGAACUCAUUGUCGCAGGCCUUAUCUUCAUGACCCUCGGCUACGGCCUCUUCAUCAACCUGCAACCCUACGCCUCCUGGCCGCGCAUCAUCAUCUUCCAAAUAAUCGCGGGUAUCGGUGUCGGCCCAAUAUUCCAAUCCCCCCUCGUCGGGCUACAGGCAAACAUCCACCCCGCAGACGUCGCCACCGCAACAGCAACCUUCAACUUCAUCCGCCAAGCCUCCGCCUCCAUGGCCGUUGUCCUGGGCACAGUCGUCUACCAGAACAUCCUGGGGCAACAAACCUCCUCGCUCUCCAGGAAAGUAGGCUCCGAGACCGCGCAGAAACUCGCAAAUUCGUUCUCGGGUUCCUCCAAGUCUCUCGUCGCCAGUCUGGAACCGGAACAGCGCCGCGCUGUCCUCGAAACGUUCACUUACGUGCUUAGUCGUCUGUGGAUCUUCUACACGGCUGUUAUCGGGUUCGCGCUGAUUGUUAGUUUCUUCAUUCGGCCCGUGACUUUGAGCAAGGCGCAUACGUUUGCAAAGACAGGGUUGGAGGAGCAAGAGCGUGCUAGACAGGAGAUUCUCGCUGCGGAGCGGGCGAAGAAGGGGAAGGAUGGGUCUGCUGCUGAGAAGGGAGGGGGUGCUUAA